AUGACGGGCGGUAUAAAAUUGGAGGAAGCUCCUGAAAGAAAAUUAGACGAGAAUACCAACCAACCAAGUGGUGACCCCACCAGCCAAACAGCCGAGGAUUAUGAAGGAGUUGAGGAGGAAGAAGAAGAUGAUGAAUACUACGAUGAUAUUUUCGACGAUGAGCUGGAUGAGGUAGAUUUUGGCGCCUCUAACCCAGCGGACUUCACAAAGACCUAUAAUAGGCAGCGGAAACUGAACGAAGUCGCUGCCGACUCGAACGCACCCCUUUCAUCCUAUCCGAAAAGCAACCCCCAAAAGCCUACCGUCAAUACAUAUGCAAAGGUUGAUGAUCAGAUCUCGACCUUAGCACGACAUGCUGGUAGGAUUCGGCUAGACGAUGCUCAAUCUGGGCUCAAAUCGAAGGGCGGAAGAGGAGCAGAUAAGAGUGACAGGGCUACAUCUGAACAGGUCUUGGAUCCACGAACGCGCAUGAUAUUACUUCAGAUGAUCAACAGGAAUGUUAUCUCAGAGGUAAAUGGCUGUUUGUCUACGGGUAAGGAAGCAAAUGUCUACCACGCAAUUUCCCAACCAGAUGAAGACUCCGAUGGUCUACACCGUGCGAUAAAGGUUUACAAGACUAGCAUUUUGGUAUUCAAGGACAGAGACAAGUAUGUCACAGGCGAAUACAGGUUUAAGCAGGGAUACAACAAAUCAAAUAACCGCUCAAUGGUCAAAGUGUGGGCAGAAAAGGAGAUGCGAAACCUCAAACGCUUGCACUCUGCUGGCAUUCCUUGCCCCGAGCUAUUAUAUCUCCGCCUACACGUUCUAGUCAUGGGUUUCCUCGGGAACUCAAAGGGAAUUCCAGCUCCACGAUUGAAGGAUGUACAGCUUCAAGACGAGGACCUGGAAGCAAGAUGGGGAAGCUUGUACAUGGAGCUAGCGGCGCAUAUGAGAACCAUGUACCAUGACUGUCGCUUGGUCCACGCCGAUCUUAGCGAGUACAAUAUCUUAUAUCACAACCAUAAGCUCUAUAUCAUUGAUGUAAGUCAGAGUGUCGAGCAAGAUCACCCUAGGAGUUUAGAAUUCCUACGCAUGGACAUCAAGAAUGUUAGCGACUUCUUCCGUCGAAAGGGCGUCGAUACACUCCCUGAGCGAACAUUAUUUGAAUUCAUCACUUCAGUCAGCGGGCCGCGUGCUGUUUCAGGCGACCUUGGGGAAAUGACGGCAGCUCUAGAAAAGCUUUUUGCCUCAAGAGCCGACCGCCAGGCUGAAGAAGGUGAACAGCCGGAAGGUUCGAGGAAUGACGAGCUCGAUGCUGCUGUUUUUCGACAACAGUAUAUUCCUCAGACACUCGAACAAGUUUACGAUAUAGAGCGGGAUGUUGAGAAGCUCCGAAUAGGCAAGGGGGAUGAGCUAGUUUACCGCGAGCUAUUGGCCUCAGCCCCUGACGCGAACAAACCAAAAGAAAAAGACGAGGAUAACGACAAUGAAGAGGGCUCGGAUGCUUCAGGAGGGGUAUCUCUAUCAGAUAAUGGCUCUCAGUCAGGCGACGCUGAUGAGACCGACCCAUUUGCAAAGAAACCACCACGAGGCAAGCGAUUUGAGGACAAAGAUGCCAAACGUGAUCAUAAGAAACUCGUUAAGGAAGAAAAGCGAGAACAGCGUUCCAAGAAGAUACCAAAACAUAUCAAGAAGAAGCUCAUCAGUGCAUCAAAGCGCAAGUGA